GUCACUGAAGGCUGAUGCCGUGCCGCGGAUUUUCAUCCACUGCGCGGGCUGGGAGGACUUGCACUCCGGGCAGCAAACUUCAGACACAAAACCGAGUAAGAGAGACCGCCUGAUCCACCAACCCAACCAAAACCAAAACCAAAACCAAAACCAAAAGCCAGGACCGGUCCCUGAACAGAGUGGCGACUGCAAGCGAAGCAUGACCAGACGAAAAUCUCAGUGCGGGUUCUUGUUACAAGUUUGCAAUCCGAGCGGUCUUUUAUAGCAUAUUAAAAAAUUAAACCCUUUACAAAACACGUGGUACAAAUAUCUGCGAUCCAUCGAAGCCACGCCCCUUCCUGGCGUCUCAUUACCAUGACAAUCGCACUGUGUAAAUUGUGACGUUUUAAGCUGCGACGAAGCCCCUGCUGACGCCGAAAGCACUCAGACAGCAGCAGAAUCAUAUUAUUAUAAUUAUUAUUAUUAUUAUUACUAUCACGCAACGUGUUUUAUAUAUGCGUAUUUUUAAUGUCGUUUGGAUAUUAAUUGUAUUGCAAACGUUUUAGGCACUGAACGAGAUCAUGUGCGUUUGCCGUAUCGUGUUUUUUUUAAUUUUUUUUUGCAAAAGUUAUAUCUAACAAUCUAAACUCUCCGUGCUGGAAAGAAUCGCGCCGCGCCCCGGUAAGCAGCCGGUGUGCUUCAUGCAAACUGUCUUCACGAUGAAAACCUUCGAGUCCUGCAGGAGGGAACUCGCACUGUGACGCGACUCGAUUGUGUUAUCAAUUUCAGUCCCCAGCAUGGCUGACUGUGCCACACAGCAGCUCCUGUCUGUUCCCUGGCUGAGCCCCGACGUCAAACAGGAGCCCCCCGAAACGCCCCCCCUUCUCCUCCUGAAAGAGGAGCCCCCGGAAGAGACCCCCGUCUCCUCCGUGAAGACUGAGUUUGAAGAUGGGGAUGACGGGGGUCCAGGGGAAGCAGUCCACACGCAGCAGGACGAGCGGAGCGACGCUGGAGACCCCUCUCCCGGUGAGACCCCGUCACGGCAGAGUUUCGAAAUGUCCGCGUUUCAGAGUGUGGCAAAUCUACAAAGCGACGGAGUCUCGGACUCUGCAGUGAAGCCUCAGCCCCACCGCUGCUCCGACUGCGUCCUCUCCUUCGGCACGGCGUUCCAGCUCACGGAGCACCGGCGGCUGCACACCGGGGAGCGACCCUACAAGUGCGUUCAGUGCGGCAAGAUGUUCUGCCACCUGGCCAACUACCAGCAGCACCUGGAGCGCCACGACCAGGAGCCCAAGAGCCCGAGCCCACGCCUCUGCCCUGCGUGUGGAGACACCCUCCCCCCCCACCACAGCCUGGAGCACCACCUGGCCACGCACUGCCAGCCUCACAAGUGCGCGGGCUGCAAGAGUGGCUUCUCCACCCUGGAGGGCUACCAGAAGCACCUGCGCCGCUACGGGGACCACCGACGGCACAAGUGCCCGGACUGCGGCCGUGGGUUCAAGAAGAGGACCUACAUGGUGAAGCACCAGCUGCGCUGCCCCAAGAGGGAGCCUCCCGGGGGAGAGGUGCCGCGGCGAGCGGCUGGCAGAGGGAGCCCCCUGCCCAGGAAAGAGCCCCCGAGAUGCCCCGGCUGCAACCGCAGCUUCAGCAGCCCCGGGGUGUUCAGGAGGCACCGUUGCAACCCCUUCAAGAUUCACUGCUACGCCUGCGGAAGCUACUUCGGCUGCUACAGGCAGUACGAGAGCCACAAGCGAGGGGGGGAGGCGGGGGGCUGCCCCGGGAACAGCGAGGAGGUCCUGCGGAGGAAUGCCUGCCCCCGCUGCGGCUCAGCCAGCCACACGUUCCAGGGCGCUGACCCCCGGCUCUGGGCUGUGGCGGGCGGGCUGGCCACUUGCAGGCUGUGCAGGAAGGGCUUUCGCUUCCCCUGCCAGCUGGAGCCUCAUCACAGGAUGCAUGAGAGCAAGCAGGGGGAGGAGGAGGACGGACCCCAAGGGAUCGGGGCAGAGCGAGAGAGGAAGGGAGCAGAUUCGGAGGGGGAGGAGGACGGGGUCAGCUCAGAGGGGUGGAGGGCCAGCCUGGAGGCAGCUGUGCUGGAGGGAGGGGAGGAGAACGGGGUCGACUCAGAGGGAGAGGAGUGGAGGGCCAGCCUGGAGGCAGCUGUGCUGGAGGGAGGGGAGGAGAACGGGGUCGACGCAGAGGGAGAGGAGUGGAGGGCCAGCCUGGAGGCAGCUGUGCUGGAGGGAGGGGAGGAGAACGGGGUCGACUCAGAGGGAGAGGGGCAGCGGGAGGGCGGUUUGGAGGAGGAGGAGGAGGGGCUGCUGAAAUGCUUUGACUGUGGACAGCUUUUUGGCGAUGCUGAGAUUCUCCAUGAACACUACAUGCAGCACGCGAGGGGGGAGCUCUGACGAGGGGAGGGCCCACAGCCAGGUUUUUUUUGGUUUUUUUCUGAUGCAUUUUACAAAAACUGUACAAAGACUCCGAUAAGAAGAAUGCAUGGAGAUGCAGGUUCAGUAUGUUUGUUCAGAGCUUGAUAAACCCGGAGAUCGAGUCCGCCCGGGUUCUGUGAGUCUGCGCAGGGAAGAACCCCCCCCCCCCCCCCCCCCCCCCAAUAGAAAAUGUGUUUUAAUUAGUAUUAUUAUUACUGUUUUUAAUUCAUAAUGUAACCCCGGUUAAAGAACAAAACCUCAAUAUCUGAACCCCCUGAGAAAUAUAAAAAUGAAAAUGUACGACCUCAGCACUCUGUUCCCGCUCUCUGACGUACCUGACAAAACUAUUCAAUAAAACAAAAAAUCUACAGUUAAAAACCUGUUUAACUCGCCAGUGUGUGUGUCAGAGUGUGUGGUGUGUGUGUGUCUGUCUCGCUUUCUAUGUCUGUCUGUGUGUCCGUCUCUCUGUGUGGUGUGUGUCUGUCUCUGUAUGUCUUUGUCUGUCUGUCUUUCUGUGUGGUUGUGUGUGUUUGUCUGUCUCCCUGUGUGGUUGUGUGUGUGUGUGUCUGUCUGUCUGUCUAUCUGUCUCUCUCUGUCUGUCUGUCUAUCUGUCUCUCUAUGUGUGUCUCUGUCUCUGUCCUAUCUGUCCUACAAUGAGCAGCAGACUCACCGGUUCCUGCUUUCUGCAGUGGCGCCCCGUUGGCUUUAUUAGGCAAUGCUGCCACCCUGUGGCGUAAGACUGCAAUAACAUCGAGUGAAACACAGACGCACACUAAAGAAAGUGGAAGUACAGCUGGCAGGUUUGUUGUUUUGUUUUUGGGAAGGGUAACAUACAGAAUACUGCAAACCUCCUGUAAUAUCCAUGCACUGUGUGUAGAUAUUAAAAAUAACCUUAUGCUAAAUAAAUCCAUACCAUUCAUCGUU